CUCCCGGCCCGUACAGUCCCGUGACCACUCCCGUACACAGUACAGUACGGUAUUCUACGUAGGUACGGAGUAGGUAGUUACUGUAUGCAGUUGCCCGGAUGUACAUGCAACACUCUCUCAAAGUCUCUUGUCUCAGUCUCGCUUAUGUCCUACAAUGUGCAUGAUACUUGGUACAUUUUCCUUCCAGUCUCUCUUCAACCAUCAUCCAGUCCCUUCCACUUCCAUUUCCCUCUCCACAUUCGACCUCCGCCUGGUCGUAUGAUCGCAUCAACUAGAACACACCAACCUCUAUCCCAGUCUUCGACCGGGUCCCCUGCUACUCCACGGGUUUUGGAAAGCGGAACUCCAGCUGGAACCAGAGGAAGGAGUGUUCUGAGCCUGGCUCGCCGGUCGGUAUGCUGUCCCGUACGCUCGAUACUCGCCUCGGCGCUCGCCGGCAAAGAGCCUUCUCACGAAAGCGGGUGUGGUGAUGUAGUUCCGGCCACCACCAAAGGUAGGGUAAAUGCGUGUGAGAAAGUCAUACAGAUGGGCGGCAACGACCCCCAUGCUAUCGCUCAAGGCUGCAGGCCAUCCGCUUCGCACGAGGGUAAACCCAAGUGUUGCCCAUGGCAAGAAUUCGAUGGGGAUCUGAAUCACAAAGAAAUUGGCCUUUCGGCCUCGAUUAUCCUGGGCGAAGGUGUAGAUGAAGGCGAGGAUCAAAGCUACUGCCUAUCAGUAUGAUGAAACGAGCAACGUGCCGUGGCAAGCUCACCAUGGGUAAAGAUUACGCUAUUCAAUAGAAAACCUGCGGUGAGCUUUUGGGCCUGUUAGCAUUGGCACGUCACUGCUACUUUUUCUGAGUUUUUUCUUGGGGCAAAAGUUCAGAUCAAUAAUGGAUGAAUUGAUGAUACAUAAAAUAUAAGAAUGUAGGGCACCAUAACCACCUAGGUGAACUUUUUGAUCACCUAGGCUAUCUCAAUAGGCCAUCCCACCAUUUCUGCAACGCAUAUAGCCCUGAUUAAGGAUCGAGUAGGCGCUAUACGAGUUACAGAGGUGAUCUUCCUCGCUUCCAGGAACCGCUUCAGCUAGUACAGACUGGGCGGGCAGAUAUGCGAGGUUUGGGUUUGUUGGAACCCCUGUUGUGCAAACAAGAACGCAAAGAGAGGACGAGAAAAGAAAAAGGGGACGACUGAUCUAGUGAGGGACGAUCGAGAGACCAAUUCCACUCAUGACUUACCAAAAUGAUAGUAGCUACAAAGAACAGGUAAGUGAAGAAAUCACCCGGCGAGCUG